AUGGGACGUCGUAUCCGUGUCCAACGCAAAGGAGCCGGAGGUAUCUUCAAGAGUCACAACAAGCACCGUAAGGGAGCUUCAAAGUUGAGACCACUUGACUAUGCCGAGCGCCAUGGUUACAUCAAGGGGCUUGUCAAGGACAUCAUCCACGAUCCAGGACGUGGUGCCCCACUCGCUGUCAUUGCUUUCCGUGAUCCAUACAAGUACAAGACCGUAAAGACCACCGUUGUCGCCGCUGAAGGAAUGCACACUGGACAAUUUAUCCAUUGUGGAGCCAAAGCUCAAGUGCAGAUCGGAAACAUUGUUCCAGUUGGACUUCUUCCUGAAGGAACUACCAUUUGCAACGUUGAAAACAAAAGUGGAGAUCGUGGAGUUAUUGCUCGCGCUUCUGGAAAUUACGCAACUGUUAUUGCCCAUAACCCGGACACUAAGAAGACCCGAAUUCGUCUUCCUUCUGGUGCCAAGAAAGUCGUUCAAUCGGCCAACAGAGCAAUGAUUGGACUCGUUGCCGGAGGUGGUCGUACUGACAAGCCGCUCCUUAAGGCCGGAAGAGCUUAUCAUAAGUAUAAGGCCAAGAGAAACAGCUGGCCACGCGUCAGAGGAGUUGCUAUGAAUCCAGUUGAACAUCCACACGGAGGAGGUAACCAUCAACAUAUCGGACAUCCAUCCACCGUCAGAAGAGAUGCCAGCGCAGGAAAGAAGAUCGGUCUUAUCGCUGCCCGUCGUACCGGAAGAAUUCGUGGAGGAAAGCCAGUCAAAUUCACCAAGGAGGAGGCUGUUUAA